UUGUUAGCGAGCCUGAGGGCGUCGGUAACGGCACACCUCCCCUGCUGCAGAUAUCAGAUUAGAGGGAGGCAUGCGAGGCCGGUGGUCCCCUCUCUGCUACUAUACUGUACAUCCUGUGUGUGUGUGUGUGUGUGUGUGUGUGUGUGUGUGUUUGACACCUGCGUUGAUCUCCCGCAGGAUCGUCCGGUUCCCCUGGCAGAUAGGUGAGGAAAAGGCUCGGCGUGUCUUUCGGGAGGCGCUGAAAAUCUGGAGCGACGUCACACCGCUCACCUUCACCGAGAUCCACGGCGGGAAGGCCGACAUCCGCAUCGACUUCACAAGGUACUGGCACGGAGACAACCUUCCCUUCGACGGCCCGGGUGGGAUUCUCGCUCACGCCUUCUUCCCCAAAACUCACCGACAGGGCGACAUCCACUUCGACUACGACGAGUCCUGGACCCUCGGAAACCACAUGGGGACAGACCUCCUCCAGGUGGCUGCCCAUGAGUUCGGGCACGUCCUGGGCCUGCAGCACUCCCGCGAGCCGGGAGCCAUCAUGUCGGCGUACUACUCCUUCUCCUACCCGCUGAGGCUGAGCGAGGACGAUAAGCGAGGCAUCCAGUACCUCUAUGGCGCUCAACCCCAAGUGCCCUCGCCGCCGCCUCCGCCUCCUCCUCCUCCACCUCCUCCGCCUCCUCCCCCGCCUCCUCCACCUCCGUCAAACCCAGAGACCAACGAGAUCGUCAGGAACCCCGACGCUUGCCAGACGGACUUCGACGCCGUGUCCAUGAUCCGGGGGGAGCUGUUCUUCUUCAAGUCAGGCUACGUGUGGAGGAUCCGGGACGGGCGUCUGGAGGGCGGGUACCCGGCGCUGGCGUCCCGUCACUGGAGGGGGAUUCCCGACAACAUCGACGCCGCCUUUGAAGACAAGUCGGGGAAUAUUUGGUUCUUUCAAGGUGAGAACUACUGGGUGUUCGACGCCGAGAUGCAGGUCAGAGGGCCGGAGUCCAUCCGGAGUCUGGGUCUGUCGGUGUCCGGGAUCCAGGCGGCGCUGCGCUGGGGCCACGACUCCAACUUCAACACCUACUUCUUCAAGUCGGGCAGCUACUGGAGGUUCAGCCCCAACGAGAAGCGCGUGGAGUCCGUGUACCCCCGAAGCAUGCAGGACUGGAGCGGCAUCCCCGACGACGUGGACGCCACGUUCAGGGACGUCUACGGCUACGCUCACUUCAUCCGAGGUCGACAGUACUGGAAGUUCGAUCCCGUCGGCAUGAACUCUCUGGAGGGCUACCCACGCUACAUCGGCAUGGAUUUUUUCGGCUGUAGAAACGUGUGAGACUUUUAACUGUGAACAAUCACAUCGACAGGAUUCGUGUUCUUUUUUUUUAACCAUGAAGAAGAGUUUUUUUUGGAGCAGAGAGGUUUUGUGUUUUUCAUCCUGUGGAUCCUUUAAUCCGUCUUUGCUUUACUCCAUUUAUCGAAUCUCACCUUCUUCUCAGGAAAACCCAGUAAUGUUUCCUCAGACUCGGCUCCUCCUGUGCAGCUGUACUCCUAUUUAUUUUGCACAUUGUUAUUCGUCACCGUGAGGCUGAGAACCUGGGCCCCGUGUUAACGACACAUCGCUCUCACUUCCUGUCUUUGAGCCUGAAAAUGAGAUUUUUUGAACUGGUUUUGCAGACGGAACCAGUUCAGACUGUCGAGGAUGUUUUUCAUUUGGAACUCUUGUGUUUUUUUCAUCAUGGACGAACUCUCUGAUCCUCAAGUGUUUGAAGAGUGACAUCAAACUUUAAAGCUGCAGUCAGCAGAUGUGUUUGAACCCAGAAAUCAUUCCGCAUGGAGUCGGGAAACAAACGCAGUUCAUUUUAUUAACCAAUCGGACUCAAGCAGAGUCUGAAUGACAACACAUGAACAAAAGUCACAUUAUGUUCAAGUCUUUCAUUAAUUAGAGUUGUUGUGACUUUGUUGAGACUGUGAACGACUUGUUUGAGUUCUUAUUAGCUGAAGAUUCUGCUCCGAAUUCAAAUCAUUUGGGGUUUUAAGGUCCUGAAGUGAGUCUCUCAGGCAGCUCUCGCUCUCAUGGUGUCAGAAAAGUAGUGAAAAUCUGCACACAAAAAACUGUGAUUCCAGACUAGUAUUAUGCAAAUAUUGGUGAGUCGAGAUAAACAGUCGCACCAAUUUUGCCAGUUGGGUGCUAUCAAACCUUUGCAGAAGAAGAGGAAACAACACUGAUGGAAAUAUAUAUUCACAUAUCC